AUGAGUCACGAACUCAAAGAAACGUUCGUCGCGAACUUAGGAGAAUGGGAAUGGGACGAAUCUUGGCAAUCAUUCUCGGAGCUUGAUCCAGAAUUCUUUAGGGCUAGCGUGGGAUUGAAAGCUGUCCCGAAAAAGAGCAGGCAUCUUUCGCCUAAGGUCCAGGGCUUGAUUGCCCUGGCUGUCAACUCUUCAUCAACACACCUGUACGCGCCAGGUAUCAGGGCGAAUAUUAAGGAGGCUUUGGCUAAUGGAGCCACUGGCGCGGAAAUAAAAGAAAUCAUCCAGCUUACAUCUACGCUUGGUGUACAUGCAUGCAACGUUGGCGUCCCUACAUUAGUAGAGGUCAUGAAGGAGGAAGGGCUUUACGAUAGUCACCCAACAGCAGGAAAGCCUUUGGACGCUUCGAAGCUUCAGUUGCAGAAAGACUUCACCCAGAAGCGCGGUUAUUGGCAUAGUUUCUGGGAAGAGUUCCUUGCACUGGAUCCAGACUUCUUCGCGGCAUAUACCACCUUUUCCUCAGUCCCAUGGCUUCCGGAUGACACAAAGAACAAGAACUUAGGCGUCUUAGAACCGAAGUUCAAAGAACUAAUAUACUGCGCAUUUGAUGCCGCGGCUACACAUCUGUAUCGUCCGGGACUAAAAGAGCACAUGAGGAAUGCGCUGCGGUACGGAGCGACUGUGGAAGAAAUACUCGAGGUUCUUGAAAUUGCAUCGCACCUCAGCAUUCACACAGCUAAUCUAGCUUACCCAAUACUAGCCGAGGAACUCAAAAGUAAGCAUUGA